UCAGUCAGUGUCGUGCAUGCAUUGCGAGUGAAUAUAAAUGUGAGCUAAGAUGAGCAAACAAACUGCAGCUUUGGUGACAUGUGAACAAUUUAAACUUUUUCUCCGUGAGAAUUUCCAAGAUUUUGAUGAUCUUAUAAACUUUUCUGCAGUUCGAGCCUUAGAUGACGGCGAAAACUAUAUUACUACGAUUAUAAGAAUUUGUGCCGAUAUAAAGCUGAAAGAUACAAGCCUCCAACGGGUGCAACUCAUACUAAAAAUUCCGCUGAAGGUUAAUGAAACAAAGGAGAACGAAAACAACGAAGAGAAAGUGCCAUCGUCAGCUGAUGAUUAUCAUGAAUUAUUUGUCACCGAAUCGGAUAUGUACGACAACAUCGUGCCAGAGCUAGAGGAGUUAUGUGCAAAUUUCGAUAACAAAUUGCAUUUCAAACCAAAACAAUAUCGUUUUGCUCACGAACUAACUUGCAAUUAUAUUCUUCUGGAAGAUCUUCAGGAGAGAGGAUUCGAAAAUGCACCAAGGCGAGAGGGUCUCAACGAAGAGCAUACUAAAGCGGUGCUUGCAAAGUUGGCGCAGUGGCAUGCUGCUUCCGCUAAGAGAGUUGAAAUAAGAGGCGAUUACCCAGAAGAGUAUGUAAACAGCUACUUCUCACAGCAGAAUUUGCCCUUUAUUGAAAAUAUGAAUGCUGCAUUCAAUGAGCCGUUUGCUCAAUGUUUGGAGAGCUAUGAUUUGCUGCUUCCUGAAAAGGAGGUCAUUUUGAGUUACAUGAAAAACAUGAAUGAAUUAUAUUUAAAAUUUGGCAAUAUCGAUGCACAAGCCUUUAAUGUUCUUAACCACGGCGACUUUUGGAUAAAUAACAUAAUGUUUCGACACAGCGAAGAUGACGAAGAGACAGUUCAGGAGGUGCUUUUCGUUGAUUUUCAGCUACCCAAGUAUGGAAGUUUCGCAAUGGAUGUAUUUUGCUUUUUGAUGACUUCGCCACAAUGGAACAUUAAAUUGAAAAAUUUUGACAAUUUCAUAAAUUUCUAUCAUACCGAGCUGAUUCGAAACUUGAAAACCUUAAAUUACAUGAGACCAAUACCUACACUCGAGCAGAUAAAUGCUCAACUGGAAAAGUAUGGUUUGUGGGCUUUUGUUUGUGUUCAACGGAUGCUUGCAGUGGCUUUACUAGAUCCCCAUGAAAAUUCCAACAUUGAAACUUUCAUGAGCAAUAAUGAGGCGGGAAAAGCUUUUAAAAAACGCAUGUUUUAUAAUCCCAAAUAUGUUCAGCAAGUGAAAGAAAUCUUGCCGUGGCUAAUAGAGAAGAAUUACAUGCAUUAUAUGACACAGAUCUCAUAAUUGAAUAGUAUUUUACGAUGAAACACCUAUGUACACCCGCGGCCAAGCGUAACUUACCACUUGAUAUUUUCUCACUAUCUUAAAUUUUUUCGUUCUUUGGGUAACUUUUUUAUGGAUUUAAUAAAAUACGGGGAAUAUAUAGAUGGCUCGAAUAUAUUUGUUUAACUGUUGACUUAAAUCUUUGUAAAAUUAAAUUGAGACAACUUUUUUUUAUUUGCACAAAAGUCUUUGAUUUCAUUAUUACUAAUUCUUGUAAUAACUUAACAACAUUUUUUGUUUCAAUUGAAAAUGGAAUUACAACAUAUUCAAAAAGAAUAACGGGAAAUCUAAUAUGGCGUCGGUCCACCUCUAGCGGAUAUUACAGCUUCGAUACGAGCAGGCAUUGACCCAACAAGUUUCUCCAAAACACUGCUUGAAAUUUCCUCCUCCCAAACACUUUCUAACAUUUUUUUUAGUUCUGGUUUACUUUUACUUUUUUGACAGAACUUAUUUUUUUUUUAAUAUUUUAUAUUUGUGUAAGUCAGAGAUCACUUCGUUAAAACUUAACGGAAAAAUUCCUUUACCGCAACAAGUACCGUUACAAUGAGUGAUAGAACACGUUUUCGCUAGAAAUUUAUUAAUGGUAAGUUACGCUUGGCCGCGGGUGUACCUAGAAUAGUAAGUAGGUAUGUAUUUUGUGGAGAACAAUUUAGGUAUACUAAAUAAAACGCUUUAAAAUCGUAUUAAAUUUCAAA